CCACAGGUUGCUCAGACACGUGAACCAUCGUCACUGAGAGUGUACGUACAGUCUCGUACCCUCAAGAAUGACUAUCGACUUUACAAUCGAAGAGUAUCUUUUUUUGGGAGAAAUUAGGUCCUUUUUCUAGCUCUCGUUCGAGUUGUUUUUUUUGGCUUAUCUUUUCCAGAAGCUCGUCUUGUCAUGGUUGCUCGGUUAAAUAUUUACCAAAAUUAGGGGCUGCAUGAAAAAAAAGAUGAAUUUGCACGUGCAAAGAAAGUUGCUUACCUUGGGUUCAAAUACGUGCGAUACAUUUGGCUUGUCUAAUUUGAAGCAUGGCAUCCCUACCAAUUUCUCUUCCGAAUUUCUCCUCUCCUCAUCUUUGAGCAAACAAAUUUCCGAUAGUCAAUAAAAGUAAUCUGAACGUGAACUCCAUAAGCAUGUAUAUAAACCAGAUUUUAGAUUUGAUUUCUGGUCAGUUUUGGAAGAAACUCGUGUCGAUUGGGAUCCCCAAGUUGAAGAGACCUGAACAUGCUAGAACUGAUGUCAACAUGGACUCUUUGACGAAGUUGCAAGUCCACUCUGUGAACAAUCACGAUUGGGAUUAUGCUUAUGCUCCGGAUUUGCCCGAUUGGCUCUUCAUUUGUGCGGCUAUUUAUCUUUUUAUCCUUGGGGUGGUUGGAUUGAUAGCCAAUGGCGCCAUUAUCCUUGUGUUUUUGUGCAACAAACAGCUCCAAACGCCGUUCAAUUUGGUGCUCAUGAACUUGAUCAUGGCAGAGUUUGUAAUCUCCGCAUUUGGAGUCCCAGUGGACUUCACCGCCACCGUUCUCAAAGGCUGGAAAAUGGGAAGCAGCCUUUGUUCCAUCACGGGAUUCAUUCUCACACUUGUUGGGAUGGCCUCGAUUUAUACUUUGGCUGCAUUAUCAACUCAAAGAUGGAUCUUGGUGUCCCAAUUUGGUCGUUUCAAUGUUCAAGGCAUAGGAUCGAUUCUGGUCAUAUUGGGCGUGGUAUGGGGGUUGUCCUCAGCAAUGGCAUUACCACCGCUUUUUGGUUGGGCGUUCUAUGCUCCAGAGUCUUCCGGAAUAAGUUGUGCGCCAUCUUGGGAAACACUCGAGAACCAAUCGUACAAUUGGUAUUUGAUUUCAUUCGGCUUUCUUCUGCCAUUGGCUUUGCUUCUAUUCACAUCGUUUUCUGUCAUGAAGACAAUGAGAAAGAAUGCCUCUCAACUUCAGUCUUUGGCGGUAAAAAAAUCAGCCCAGAAGAGGGAAAACAAGGUCAACCUCAUGGUCAUGGUCAUGAUCUUUUCUUUCCUAUUCUGUUGGACGCCAUACGCCCUGAUGAGCAUCUACCAAUUACUGGGAGGUUCAGUGACUCCAUACACCAGUGCAUUUCCAGUCCUGUUCUGCAAAAGCUCCAUAUGCGCCAAUCCCUUCAUUUAUGUGGCAAUGAAUUCCCAAUUUCGAAAUGCCAUGUGGCCCAAACCAUUGGGAAAGAAAAAUCUGACCCAAGCCCACAAUCACUUGCGGGAGCUUCAAAGAGGAGGGGAUAAUCGCUCAAAAGUUUGCCCAGAGACAUUGAACAAACCAACUCAAAGCUUUGGAGUGGCAACCAUAUGUGGAGGAAUGGAGGAAACCGUCAAAACUGAAAUUCAUCUGGAUCUACAAAAAGCAGCUAAAGACGAUGGAUCAUCCAGGACGGCCCAAAGAGAAGAGGUUGCGUUGUCUGCAAGAUAAUUCAUUCAGUUCAAACUCCGUAUCCGCCCACGGCCAAUUGUCAAAUUGACAGUGACAUGCUAGGAGAUGUGGAGGAUGCUUGUCAAACCAUACAAGCUGCUCGUUAGAGGAAAUUGAAUGUAUCAAUUGAGGGUUCAUGAAGCAGAGGAGGACUUCAGGACCCUUUCUACGUGUCAUAUGCGUCCCGUCCCAUGUGUUUUAUUCAGAGAUGAAAGCCAAUGUUUGAACAUGUUCCCCAUGUCUUUUAAUAAACAGACCCUAAGUGUC